UUUUAUGUGACCUGAAAAUGUGUGUGUAUCCCUUUAAUUCGUAAAUGGCGGCGAAAGAGUUGAGAAAAAAACCCCGUGUAUGCACUAACGUUUGGUGAAGAUGCACCUGGAAGACAUCUAGUUUAUCUUUUCUGUGAUUGGAUGUUUAUUAUUUUAUACCCACCCAUGCAUAUGAGAGUGUAAUGUGAUUGGUGGUUAAUGAGUCAAUCAAAAAAAAAGAGAGAGAUUGAGACGGGGUGCGUUCGAGAGAGUUCGGAAGCAGAAACGCUCGGGCUAGAAAAAAAAGCAAAGACAAAAUUUAAAAUAACCGUUAAACGCGUGUUAUAUGGAUUUGUUUCUUUGCGAAAGUGUUUGUUUAUGUAGUAAUGUUAACCCAGGAUAUGUGUUAAUGGACUGUGAUUUCGUCUUAUCAACUGUUGGUGAGACCCCUUUUUUUUUCCCCCUUGGAGAAGAAAUCGCCGUUUGUGUUGAUCCGGAGUGCCUAUACGUAACGUUACGGGACGGAUAUACUACAUUCGGCGUAUUACCGUGGUGUUGCGCUAUUUAAUACUUUGAGUUUGACACUUAGAGGGAUCAGUUUGAGUUCACGUUGUGAUCGGGUGAAUGAAAAGCAUUCGGUGGCGAAAACUUGCCUUCAUCAAGACUGUUCGGUUUGCCUUUGGUCACGAGAAACGUACCACUAUUCGCAGAGGAUUGUGAGUGAUUACCAGAGCAAAGGUAUCUGUUAUUGGGUUUGGCUCAUUUGAGUGAAGAGGCCAAUUGUACACAUUUCCAAGGCCACAACGCACUCAAGCAACGACACAGGCCUGCAUCGGGGGGUUGGGUGAGUGAGUGUUUGCUUGUGUGAGUGGGCCCACUAACAUUUUAUUUUGAAAUUUGCAAUUUGUGUAAUUUAUGUGUUGGUUUAAAGUUUGCAGUUGCACCGGUACUAAAAUAGUGAACAGUAAGAGUGUUUAAGUAUUUUCCUUUGAGUGCAUAUUCCUUGCUGGGUGUUCAAGUUUAUUGCAAAGGGAAGUGUUUGGACUGUUAACAUUGGAUUGGACACUAAUUUUGUUUGUUAUAAUACCUAUUGGUUAUUGUUAGUCAUUCUUAUAUGUUGUAACACAUGUCAACUUACUUACUUAAACAUAUACAUAUACAAAUUCCAUAAUUCACCUUGCAAUAUUUUAUAUCGGUAACAAAAAUAAAUACAAAACUGUUUUUUUAAGAAUGUUUCUUUAUUGUGUAUUUCAGAGUUUAGGUAUCAGAGUAUAGUAAUUUCUUUAGUCGAGAGACCCCAAGUUAUUGAACCCGUCGCCCCACCCUAAAGAGCUUAGACUUGACACAACUAAGUAGGGCAGGGGGCGCUACAUAAAGUGGUGGCCCGUACGGGGAUAUCUCUUCUUUCCUCUGGUACCCUAACAGAAGACAUAAAACUUUAAUACCCAGUUGAUGUGGAAAAGGAAAUUAACCCCUUCCUGCACUUAUUUGUAAACUCUUGAAGCAUGUCUUUCAGAACUAACCCUCUUUUUCAAACUGAACUUACCAGCUGGUGUAGUGAGGUAGGGAUUGACCCCAGGCAUGCGCUGCUGCUGACUGGCGUACCAGCAACUACGGAAGUGGCACAAAUUGAGGAAGCGGCUCAAAGUGUAAAAGCCUUUGGAAGAGUGCGUGUUCGAGAUACCCGGCAUGGACCCACCCCAACUACUCUGUUAGUGUUAUGUGAGUGUAGAGAAGUCAUUGACGCCACACGCUGUCCUAACAAACUGAUGCGUGAUGAUGGUGAAGGGGCCUGGGAGAUCGUUGUUUCCACUGAAGGUGACUCACCACCUGCCGCCCCUGUAGAAUUCACCAAUAAACUGUCAAAGUUUCUCAUGGAUGAGGGAAAGUCUAUGACUGACUUACAAGCUCUGUUUCCUUCUCUUGGCCCCAAUACCAGUUCCCCUGAGUCAAUAAUUCGUGCUGUGGGUGAGAUCCUGGAGAAAGCAGUGAAACCACAAAGUGACAGCAAUGCUUACCGUCGUUUGCGUACCUUCUCGGGCACUGUUCCCACCCCCGCAGGAGAGGAAACCAUGGAACAUUGGAUUGAGCAGGCCAGAAUAAUGAUAACAGAAUGUGACUGCUCUGAGAGAGAAAAACGUCGGAGAAUUGUAGAAAGUUUAAAGGGACCAGCACUCGAAAUCAUAAAAGCAGUUCGUCUUUCUAGUCCUGAUGCCAGUGCCCUGCAGUACCUGGAAGCCCUGGAAAGCACAUUUGGAUCCUCAGAGUCUGGAGAAGACUUGUAUUUUGCUUUUCGACUACUACGCCAGUCUCCUGGAGAAUCCUUAUCUGAUUUCUUGAGACGGAUGGAGAAAUCUCUGACCAAAGUUGUUCAAAGAGGAGGUUUGUCUUCGGCCAUGGUUGACAGAGCAAGAGUAGAACAGCUGAUCCGAGGAGCCGUUGAAUCAGACCUGAUGCUCCUGCAGUUGCGACUAAGGGAGAGAAAAGAGCGACCACCUACUUUCCUGAACCUACUGAAUGAAAUCCGUGAGGCUGAAGAGAGUGAAGCCACUCGGCGUAAGAUCACUGCCACGGCAAAGCCCAUACACCUGCAGGGAGAAGAAAAAAUUAGUCCAUCAAUUGUACGGGAGCUCAAAGUAGAAAUUCAAGAACUCAGGGCUCAGCUGAAAGGGGGACGUCCAACUGCUUUACCUGCUUCUUCCAUGAUGGUAGAGCCCACGACAAAGAUAAGAUAUACAAAUACCACUGACAAGCACGAGACAAAGAAUGAUUCAGAAGUUCAAGCUUUGAAAAAACAAGUCCAGCAGUUACAACAACAGCUAGCUGUUAUGAGUGUUGGCCACAGUCAUCCAAUGAGUUAUACCCCGUCCUUGCCACAGCCUUCCUCAGCUCCCUUUAGACAAAAACCUGUCAUGAACAAGGGUGAUUACUUUUGCUAUAGGUGCGGAGAGGACGGACACAUUGCUUCAAAAUGUCAAGCUCCUGAAAAUUCCACUCAAGUGAUCAAUAAGCUAGUCCGCUCAUUAAGGAAGGCUAAAGAAAUGAGAAAUGAUCCAAACUACAAUAAUUGUUCUGGAGAUCGUACCUGUUUUUCAAAAAAUAGCCACAUACACACCUAUGAGCCAAAUGGUCUACCAAAGGGUUUGGUGGGACCCACUUCGAUGGCUAAAGAAAUGAGAAAUGAUCCAAACUACAAUAAUUGUUCUGGAGAUCGUACCUGUUUUUCAAAAAAUAGCCACAUACACACCUAUGAGCCAAAUGGUCUACCAAAGGGUUUGGUGGGACCCACUUCGAUGGUUAAAGUGAAGAUUUGUGGACAGUCAUGUGAAGCUCUUUUGGACAGUGGUUCUCAGGUCACUCUUGUGUUUGACUCAUGGUACUCUAAAAACUUACCAGAUGUGCCCAUUCAUCCUCUUACUGGGUUGUCCAUUUGGGGACUUGGCUCGUCCAGUUAUCCCUAUAAAGGAUACAUUAUUGUAGAUGUUUCAUUUCCUGUGUCUCUCACUGGUGUAGAAGAGUCCGUAUCCAUCCUUGCUUUAGUCUGCCCAGACCCCAAAGGUCCUCCACAGUUUCCAGUAAUAAUCGGCACAAAUGCCAGUUUCUUCCAGAGACUAACAGCAUUUACCAAGCCCACAAGUGUGACAAAUACUGCCCAAACUCUACGAAUUCACACUCCUCCAGUCUGCCAUGCACCCCAGAUCUUUAAACACUCUGAUCCUGAUCAGCCAGAAGGGAAAGUGAAAUGGGUGGGCCCAGGAAACUUUACUGUCCCGUCCCGGAGUGAGCUUUAUGCUACGUGCAAAGUGGAGUCCAAAAAGCCACUAAAAGACGAUAUCUUCAUACUUGAAUCUCCAUCAGCUGAUCCACUUCCUGCUGGACUGUUAAUUCCCCCGGUGAUAUUGCCCUCCUCUGCUGUGGAUGCGAAUAAUUUUAGAGUCUUGGUCCAAAAUGAAACAAGCAAAGAUCUGUCCAUUCCUGCUGGCACUAUAAUUGCCCAUGUAUUCCCUACUGACACAGUUACUGUGGCGCCUGGAUUUCAAAACUCAAAGCCUAUUGAUCCAGAGUUGUUUAACUUUGGUGGGUCGACAAUACCUGCAACAUGGGAAGAGAGAUUACGGUUGAAGUUGGCUGAACGAAGUAACGUGUUCUCCCUUGAAGAAUGGGAUGUAGGUCUAGCAAAAGAUGUUAAUCACCAGAUCAGACUAAGUGAUUCCCGACCUUUCAGAGAACGAUCUCGUCGUAUCGCUCCAGCCGAUAUUGAUGAUGUACGACGCCAUCUUAAAGAUCUCCUAGCCGCUGGCAUUAUCAAAGAGUCUAGAAGCCCUUAUGCCUCUCCCAUUGUGAUAGCUCGGAAAAAGAGUGGAGCUAUAAGAAUGUGCAUUGACUAUCGAACCUUGAACAACCGCACUAUCCCUGACCAAUACACCACACCACGGAUCGAUGAUGCUUUAGACUGUUUGUCUGGUAGCAAGUGGUUCUCAGUCUUGGACUUACGUAGCGGCUACUAUCAGAUAGCCAUGUCUGAAGAAGACAAAGAAAAGACUGCCUUCAUCUGCCCUCUAGGGUUCUACCAGUUUGAACGCAUGCCGCAAGGUAUCACGGGGGCCCCCGCCACUUUUCAGAGGCUUAUGGAGAGAGUGGUUGGUGAUAUGCACCUCCUGCAAGUGAUUGUCUACCUUGAUGACCUCAUUGUAUUUGGCCGCACCCUCGAGGAGCAUGAGGAGCGACUGAUGAAAGUUCUUGACCGACUAGAGGAAUUUGGUCUAAAAGUAUCUAUAGACAAAUGCCAGUUUUGCCAACCACAGGUGAAGUAUGUGGGGCACAUUGUUUCAGCAGCAGGUAUAGCCCCGGACCCAGAGAAAGUGGAAGUGGUAGCUCACUGGAAGACACCUACUGACUUGAAAUCCUUGCGAUCAUUUCUGGGGUUCUGCGGGUUCUAUCGUCGCUUCAUUAAGGGUUACUCUGCCAUUGUAAGACCAUUAACUGAGCUCACGAAAGGCUAUCCACCCGCAAAAGGACGAGGCAAGCGGGAAGGAAAGAAAUACUACAAUGAGAGAGAAGUGUUUGGUGUGCGAUGGGACAAAGACUGCGCAGCUGCUUUUAAGAAAAUCAUACAUUGUCUAACACAUGCACCAGUACUUGCCUUUGCUGAUCCAACCCUGCCUUAUGUCCUCCAUGUUGAUGCUAGUCUGAGUGGUCUGGGUGCCGUCUUAAAUCAAGAACAUCCUGAAGGUCUUCGGCCCGUGGCUUUUGCGAGCAGAAAGCUGAGUUCCUCAGAACAGCGUUACCCGAUCCACCAACUAGAGUUCCUGGCAUUGAAAUGGGCGGUCGUAGAUAAAUAUCACGAUUAUUUGUAUGGUGCCCAGUUUGUUGUGCGGACGGACAAUAAUCCUCUUACCUACGUGCUGUCAAGUGCAAAGCUGAAUGCAACUGGUCACCGCUGGCUAGCAGCUUUAGCUACUUAUAAUUUCCGUCUCCAGUAUAAGCCCGGUAAACAUAACAUUGAUGCUGAUGUGCUGUCCCGUUACCCUGUCAGUGAUGAUGCUCCUACCUUAUGGACUGAGAUUCCACAAUCUGGUGUAAAAGCUAUAUGUCAGUUGGCCAGUCUUCCUUGGGACGAUGAAUCCACCAGGCUUGUAGACCAGCUAGGUGUUUCACCAGAUAGCAUCCCACUUGCAUACUCCUAUCCUGCUCAGCUGGAAAUGGGACAGAUGGAGCAGAUGACAAAUUCAGACCUAAAGAAAGCACAAGAACAAGAUCCUAUCAUAAGUGUAGUCAAACAAGACAUUGAACGUGGCAGAGCACCUACCUAUGUAAAAGGUUCAGACCCAAGCCUUACACUUCUACAGCGUCAGUGUCCAAAACUGGUCAUUAAGAACAACCUACUGUACAGAGUCAGUAAACGCCAUUGUGGGAAAGAAAAACUACAGCUUGUUCUGCCCAAAAAGUACCACCUGGUAGUCAUACAGUCUUUACAUGAUGAAUCAGGUCAUCUUGGAGUGGAGCGGUCCACCGAGCUACUAAGAGAUCGGUUUUAUUGGCCACGCAUGACCAUGGACAUAGAGCAAUACAUCAAGAACUGUGGUCGUUGCAUUACUAGGAAGACCCUCCCUACAAAGUCUGCCCCUUUAAACCAUAUUACCAGCAAUGGUCCGUUAGACCUAGUAUGCAUUGACUUCUUGUCCUUAGAACCUGACUCCAAGGGCAUUUCCAACGUGCUCGUAAUAACUGAUCACUUCACCCGCUACGCUCAAGCCUUCCCAACCAAAGACCAGCGAGCAGUGACCGUGGCUAAAGUCCUUGUGGAGAAGUUCUUUGUUCACUAUGGUUUACCCUCCCGUAUUCACUCUGAUCAGGGAAGGGACUUUGAAAGCCGACUAAUACGAGAGCUACUAGGAAUGUUAGGAAUCCGCAAAUCACGGACAACACCUUACCAUCCACAAGGUGACCCACAACCCGAACGUUUUAAUCGAACCCUCCUCUCCAUGCUUGGAACCCUGGAUCCAACCCAAAAGAGUAAGUGGAGUCAACAUAUAAGUUUGCUUGUACAUGCUUACAACUGUACGAAGAACGAGGCAACCGGUUACUCCCCUUAUUACCUGCUCUUCGGGCGAGAGGCUCGAUUGCCCAUCGACGUGUGUUUUGGCAUACCUGCAGAAGGUGAGAGAGGCAUUAAACACCAGCAAUAUGUUGAGAAAAUUAAGUCUGAACUCCAAAAAGCCUAUCAGUUAGCAUCUGGAACUGCACUGAAAAGCCACCAACGAAACAAACGACUCUAUGACAAAAAAGUGAAACACCAAAUACUUACCGUAGGAGACAGAGUGCUCAUCAAAAACCUUGCCUUCACUGGAAAGCACAAGCUCCAAAACAGAUGGAAUUCCUUACCCUAUGUUGUCAUUGAGAAGUUCAAAGACUUACCUGUAUACCGAUUACGGCCUGAAAGUGGAAUGGGAGGUGAGAGGACUAUUCACAGAGAUCACCUGUUACCCAUUGGAGACAAUGUGAGACUGUUUAGGUCGGAUGACGCAAACAAAAUUAUGCCACCACCGGUAACCAGAGCACAAACAGGUAAAAAACGCCAAAAUAAACUGGUGAAGGAAAAGGUUUCUCUUACUGGAUGUGAGAAAGUGGAUACUUCAGACAGUGAUGAUGAUGAUCUCUGGUGCUACCGCCCAGAUCCAGUCAGCAUACUAAGUAGGCCGCCGACUUCUCAGCUUACAGUAGAGCAAGACACCGUCUGUCAGGACCAUAAUCAAGGCCAGGAGUGUGUAAUAAGAGAUUGGGUGGCAGAAGAUGACCCGGAAAUACUUCCUGAUUAUCUUAUGGAAGUGGCAGAGGGUCAUGAAUUAGAAGGGGGAGACAGUGGUCCCGAGAAUGUCUCAGAACAGGAGACAGAACCUUCAGUGUGCCGCAGAUCUCGGAGGGAGGUAAAGCCUUUGAUUAAACUGACCUAUGAUGAAUUAGGCCGACCCUCUGAUAAACCAUUAACAGUUAUUCAUCAAGGGAUGGUCGUACAUAUGGAAGAUGCUGUUAAAGUAAGGAAGAAAGUCUGCAACACUGUAUGGUGCCAUCCCCUGGCCCAGUGUCCCCAGUGUGUCCUUGUGAACCCCUGCCCUGCUGUCAGAACAGUAGUUCAGAUGUAG